UCUACACACUCUCGCUCACGUUCAAGCAGUCGAACACUCAAGACAGAAUACCUCUACAAAAUACUUGUGGUCGGUGACCCGGCAACAGGAAAGACAAGUUUUGUGAAGAGCUAUGUAAAUAAUACUAGUAUAAUGCAUACCAAGAGUACGAUCGGGGUUGACUUUGCCUUGAAAGUUCUUGACUACGACGACAACACCACGAUAAGGUUACAGUUAUGGGACAUUGCCGGACAAGAAAGAUUUGGAAGCAUGACGAGAGUGUACUACAAAGAAGCUCUGGGUGCACUAGUCGUUUACGACAUAUCACAACCACCAACGUUCGAGUCUGUUACAAAAUGGAAGAAAGACUUGGAUGAAAAGGUCGCAUUACCUGAUGUUUUGGGUGGGGGUCCCAUUCCUGUCGUAUUGUUGGCCAACAAGUGUGAUCUUGUGACGGAAGAGACUGCCCGUGAAGCAGAAUCAGUCUUGAACAAAUUUUGCGAGCAGCAUGGAUUCUGUAAAUGGUUUUACACAUCGGCAAAAGAAAAAAAGAACAUCGAGGAAGCAGGGAAAGCUCUUGCUUCCGAGAUUCUUGAACGUCAAAAGCAACGCCCGGGAACGGUUACGCCACCUACUAAAUACAAAUCAGUAUAUAUAACAGAAGAGAAG